AUUCCUCCUCGUUAUAAAUUUACGCCUUGAGGUAAUUAAAAUACACGCGCCUUAUCUUCAACCAAUCAUGUGGCAUGAUGCACCUGUCCCUCGCUCCUCCAAUCAGAGUGCUCGGUUGCUAUGCCGUCCGUCUACUUUUGACCAAUCAGCUGAGCCGCGCGCGGUCGAGGUCCUGCCUCCUGGUUUCAACGUCCUGCGGCUUUUCCCUUCACCGAGUCUCCUCAGACUCACACAGCGCUCCGGAAAUCACACACGCGUCACUGCUUUAUUUACACCCGUAAACAAUCUCGUUUUAAUCCUGAAAUAACACCAGACUUCGCUUUAUGAAGGUAAAUGAAAUGUUGUGACGCGUCGUGAAUCCCACAGCCGCUGGAAGUGUUAGCUUAGCUUUCAGUCCACACGUCUCGAGCCGUCUUUCUCUCAGCGCUACCGACACACUCGGAAUCCACAGACGUUUCACAGUGUGAAUGUGAUUAAAGACGAGAGUAUGAGUUCAUGCGGCACGGAUGUUAAAGAAAACCGCAAUCUGGAUAAUUUUCUGGUCAAGGCAGCGCAACAGACAGCCAAUAGAAAUGCGUCGUUGGGGUCGAGACGCAAGCGGCCCCUGGAGGAGGGAAACCGAGGCCAUGCCCACUCCAAAUUCCGUCCCAAACGGCGCAAGAAAGCACCAGGUCCGAUGUUGCCAAAGAACGCUCUCAUGCAGCUGAACGAGAUCAAACCGGGCCUCCAGUACAAACUCCUGUCCCAGACAGGGCCGGUACAUGCGCCGGUCUUCGCCAUGAGCGUGGAGGUUAACGGCCAGCGCUUUGAAGGGAUGGGACCCACAAAGAAGAAGGCUAAGUUAAAUGUGGCAGAAAAGGCUCUGCGUUCUUUCGUCCAGUUCCCUAACGCUUCCGAAGCUCACGUGGCCAUGGGCCGCACAUUCAGCAUCAACACAGACUUCACCUCGGACCAGGCGGAUUUCCCAGACGCUCUGUUUAACGGAUUUGAGACGCCACACGAUCUGCUCCGCCCCAUUUCCAGCACCAACGGAACCCUGCACCCUCGGAGCAAGUGCCCUGCGCCUGUUUCGGCGCCUCAGCCUGUCCUUGUGGGCCAUGGAAAGAACGCAGUGAUGAUCCUGAACGAGUUGCGGCCGGGCCUUAGGUACGAGUUCGUGGCAGAGAGCGGAGAGAGCCACGCGAAGAACUUUGUGAUGGCUGUAACGGUGGACUCGCAGGCCUUUCAGGGAUCCGGCAGGAAUAAGAAACUGGCAAAAGCACGCGCCGCUCAGGCAGCACUUUCGGGCCUCUUUAACAUGCAGCUAGACCAGACGCCGUCUAGACAACCCAUUCCCAGAGAGGGUCUGCAGUUACACCUGCCGCAGGUCCUGGCAGACGCUGUGUCUAGGCUGGUGGUGGAAAAGUUCAGCGAGCUGACAGACAACUUCAUAUCUCCUCACGCACGACGGAAAGUCCUUGCUGGUGUUGUUAUGACAACAGGGACUGAUGUGAAGGACGCACAGGUGAUCUGCGUUUCCACGGGAACCAAGUGCAUAAAUGGUGAAUACAUGAGUGACCGAGGCCUGGCGUUAAACGACUGUCACGCCGAGAUUAUCGCACGCCGCUCGCUAAUCAGAUACCUGUACAGCCAGCUGGAGUACUUCCUCAGUAAUAAUCCAGAGGAUCAUGAGAGCUCUAUAUUCCGGCAGUGUGACCUGCACGGGUACCAGCUGAAAGAAGGUGUACAGUUCCACCUGUACAUCAGCACCUCACCGUGUGGAGACGCUCGCAUCUUCUCACCACAUGAAGCCGCUGUUGAGGAUCAGGGAGACAGACACCCAAACAGAAAAGCUCGAGGGCAGCUGCGAACUAAGAUCGAGUCAGGUGAGGGAACCAUUCCGGUCCGCUCCAGUAACACCAUCCAGACGUGGGAUGGAGUCCUGCAGGGGGAAAGACUGCUCACCAUGUCCUGCAGUGAUAAGAUCUCCAGGUGGAAUGUGGUGGGUGUUCAGGGUUCUCUGAUGAGUUAUUUCUCAGGCCCUAUCUAUUUCUCCAGUAUAAUCCUGGGCAGUCUGUAUCAUGCGGAUCAUCUCAGCAGGGCCAUGUACCAGCGCAUUGCAGAUAUAGAGGAGUUACCACAGCCCUUCACCCUCAACAGACCACUGCUGAGCGGAAUCAGUAACGCGGAGGCGCGCCAGCCCGGAAAAGCUCCAAACUUCAGUGUGAACUGGACGGUGGGGGAUCAGGGGUUGGAAGUCAUUAACGCCACCACAGGGAAGGAUGACCUUGGCCGACCUUCUCACCUCUGCAAACACACCCUGUACAACCGCUGGGUUCGACUACACACAAAACUCUCUCAGACUCUGAGGAUCCGAGCGACUCGACCCACUUCAUAUCAUGAUGCCAAACAAGGUGCUGCAGAUUACCAAUCAGCCAAACAGACUCUGAUCCAAACAUUCCAGAAAUUGGGCCUUGGCGCUUGGGUGAAAAAACCCAUUGAACAGGACCAGUUCUCCCUCACACCAUGACAGAGAAAAAGAGAGAGAGAGAGAGAGAGAGAGAGAGAGAGGAGAAAAACGACAGCACAUGUCUGUUUGAACUAUUCAGCAUAUUACUGUUCCCACACAUCCCCAGGCAUCUCUCAACUGUACCUCAUUAUUCUGUUUUUGUUCUGCGCUGCGUCGUGGCCUUGAUACUUUUGUGUAACAGAAAUGUUAUAUCUCCUGUUAUUAUGUUAUUUAAGUGUUAUUUUAAACGUGUAACGGUGUUGAAGUAUGUGCUUGUGCUUUAACACCAGGAGUCUCGGAUUCGCUGGCUGGGUUUUUAUUCUUUCGCUUGUUGCAUUUUACGAUUUUAUAAUUUAUUUUGAUCAUGGAUAAUCACAAUUAUUUGCAAUUAAUCAACCAGUUAUAAAAUAAUAAUGAAUCCUCACUGAUGAAGAA